GUCGUGCGGAUCAUUUCCGGCCGGACCGAUGUUGGUGUCGGACAGACGUUGACAUUGCCGAAGAGCAGCAGUCUGCGGCCCGGCGUUACCAAACGCCCCAGAGUCUCAGCGUGGAGCCGCAGUAGCGUGGCCGCCCGCUCCUCCUCGGCCGCAGCUCCGGGACUGCUUGGAGACAUGUACCGGCGGCCACUGCAGGCUGCCGUCCGGAACGUCGUUCACGCGGCAGCCGGCAGGACAGCGCGCGGACAGGUCUUGAAAACAGAAUCCUGCUGUGGAGCUCCAGCCGUCUGUCGGUGGACCACAGCCGACCCUCCCCAGUGGGCGUCGUGCCGCCUUCUGCACACCGCCACACAGCUGUCCAAUGUGAAGGAGACGCAGCAGCACUCGGAGGAGGAGGUCGGGGCCUUCACCAAGUUCAUUGAAGCCAUGGGCUUCACAGCCCCCCUGAAAUAUAACAAAUGGAAAAUCAAGAUCGCCGCCCUGCGCAUGUACACGUGCUGUGUCGAGAGGAUCAACUAUGAUGAGUUCUUUGAAAAAUGUUCCCUUCCUGACACGCUCAACUCCUGGUUCCUCAUUGCACAGCUCCACGUAUGGAUGUGUCUGGUCCGGAUGCGCCAGGAAGGCAGAGAAGGGAAGUACAUGUGCCGCUACAUCGUCCACUCCAUGUGGGAGGACGUGGAGCAGAGGAGCAAAAUUAUGGGGAUCGAUGCUGUUCACAGGAAGGAGGCCCUGAAAGCCAUGACGGAAACCUUCUACGCAGCCAUCUUUGGAUACGAUGAGGGAAUCCUGUCGGAUGACUGCGUGCUGGCUGCAGCUCUGUGGAGGAACCUGUUCAACCGACAGUGUGAAGACCCCCAGCAGCUGGAGCUGUUGGUGGAAUACGUGCGCAAACAGAUGCAGUUCAUCGACUCUCUGGACGGGGAAGACCUGCUGCUCACAGGAGAGGUCAAGUGGCGCCCCCUGCUGGAGGAGAAUGCACAGAGCAUCUUGAAGGUGGUCAAGCCAACAUACAACGACACGGGCCUGUAGGGCGAAGACGACGCCUCACUUCCUGUUUUCACUCCUGCUUGUUCUUUCUGUCGACUUCCUGCUCAUCAUGUAACCAGGAAGAGCUCGUCUCUUCUGUUCUUUAGUUUCUGAAAGCGUUUUCUUCGUCUGCUGAACCGCGUGGACAGAAGAGCUGCUGGAGACUCGGCAGUAACCGGCCUCGCCGUGUCGGCGCUUCGUCUGAAACAGGAAAUGCUUCCAUCUACCCCUCCCCCACUACGUUUUGUUUCCUGCAAACAAAUUAUUUAUAUUUCUAUUUUUGUUUGUAGAACUGCUGCUCUUUGAAUACCCGAUGGCUUCUCUUUCACGGUUUAAAUAAAGUUUCAUUGAACAUCUGGA